AUGAACUCAUACUUCGAUGAACAAGAAACGGAGUUCACAUAUGAAAUACCUGAUUGUUUGAUGGAUGGAGAUUACAUAGAGCUACAUGGAGUCUGUCAUGGGGAACGGAUUGUAUUUGAGCUUUUAACAAAAGAAGGAACAACCCGAAAUAAGCAAGAUGAACUACCAUUGCAAAUUGUCUUAGAAACAAAGGGUCCAGUCUUAGUAAUUAGCCGCAAUAAAGUAGAAGUUGCAAAACAAGAAAAAUUUGUGGGGAAUCGAAUUCGUGAAAAUAUGCCUUUUGAAUUGUGUGUACAUGCUAAUGAAGAUUAUUAUACUGUCAUAUUGAAUAAAGAAAAAGUUUGUGACCAAAAACAUCUCGUACCGCUGAGUGAAGCAUUCGCAUUGUCAAUGAAAGGAAAAGUUGAUAUAUUAUCACUUGAAUUUAAAGACAUAUAUUAUGAUGAAGAUGAAAUGAACAAUACUAUAAAUACUACUCAUAAUAGCAGUAUUAGACAUGAUGAUGUUCAUUCAGGAUUUGUACGUGUCAAUGAAUUAAGACAAAGUUCAAUACGUAGAAAUGAUUCGCCAAUAUUGGUUCCGACAAGGACAAGUUCUAAAUUGGAUAAAUACUCAAUAAAAAGUAAAGAUAGUAAUCUAGAAGUUACCGCUUGGAAGACAUCAAAUGAUUUGUCUAAAGCAGAUUUAGAUACUGACUACAAAGCGACUACAUUAGAACGAAAUUCUGCAAUACAUUCGUAUCGUAAUAGUAAUGAAUUUAGUCAAAAUUCAGAGUCAAGAAUAUCUGCAACACUGCCCCCUAUAGGCAAAACUUCUAACGAGAAAAUUAAUGAUUAUGGAAUGGGCAGUCGAGGUAAUCUAAACUCGAAUGACACAGCACACAUAAAAAGUAGAACUGGUAUUACAGGUUCUCGAAAAUCGGCUACUUUAAGUACCAGUAAAAUUGAACAACGUUAUAACGGUGAAGGCAGAAGUCAAACAGAUGCUGGUGAUUUACUUCGAGGAAGUUAUUCUGUACUGGACGAUGAAGAGCCAGUAAUGCCGAGAAUUACCGCUACAACAUCAACUCCUAACUUGCAAGAAAAGAAUAAGAAAAAACGUUUCUCAUUAUUGGGAAAAAGCAGGAAAUCAACAGGUUCUGAGACUGAUGUUCGUAAGGAUUCGAAGAACAGGAAAGGAUCUGCACCAGAAAUUAAGUCGAAAAAUGGUGAAGGCGAAAAAAAGAAAAAGGGUUUCCAUCUAAAAAAUCCGUUCAAACGUUCCAAGCCGAAAGAAUUAACACCUACUGCAUCGUCUUCAACAAGUCUAAACAGAUCUGAUCCUCGUAUGGGGAGUCGUUCUCCAAUUCCUGCUAUAAAUGUUUCCAUUAAUGACCGACUACCAAAAGAGUUAUCGAAAAAGCCUGCGCCUGAAAUUGCAUCGUAUCUUAUUAAAACCAAUCCUUCAACUGAAUUUGAUACAACUAAUCUAACUGGUCGAAGAAGUUUAUCUGAAGACGUUUAUUUCAGACCGUUUACCUCAACGUCAUCUCACUACGAUGAGUAUGAAAACCUAGGUAGUCACACCGAAAGGCUAAACAGUGAUCAUAUUAAAAGGAAGAGUUUGAGUAGUUCACGAUUGUCAAAUGACAGCCCAUCGAGAGGUGAUUUGCAAUCACACCUAAAAUCAAAAAGUCCAGCCCCAGAGUUGGCAGCAGUUAUUCACUCUAAUGAUAUGAGUCCGAAUUUGGGUGAAACUACUAUAACCGAAGGUAUGGAUACCCACUUUGUAUCAAUGUCGACAGUGGAUAGAUUAGAAAAGAAAUCGAAAAAUGACAAAACCCCUACCUCUGAGAAGAACUUGAAGCUUAAAGGACCAGCUCCAGAGUUGGCAGCUAUGAUUCAUGCUAAAGGUAUGAGUCCGAAUUUGAGAGAAACAACUAUCACAGAAAGCUCAGAUUCUCAAUUUGAAUCAAUGACAACAUUGGAGGAUGGAGAAAGAAAACCAGGACAAAGCAGUGCAAGAGAAUCAUUAGCUAAUAUUAAACUUAAAGGUACAGCUCCUGAAAUAGCAUCUAUUAUUCACUCAAAGAAUCUAAGCCCUAAUAUGGGUGACAUUACUCUCACACAAAGUUCAGACCUACCGCAUACAUCAGUUCCCACAAUGAAUGAUAUAGGCAGUAAACCAUUUAAACCAAAUGGGAGUGCUUCAGAAAUAGCCGCCCAAAUUCAUAAUAAUAACUAUUCGGAUAGAUUACCUUAUCCAGAAUACACCAUUUCUGGUACUAGUGAAACUGAAAAGCGCAGCUCACUAUAUUAUGAAGAAUCUGGUCAGAUAGUUCAUGAAAAGAAAAUAAAAACCACUCGUAAAGCUAUUUCAUUAAGUGAGUAUGUAUCAGAUGCUGAUGGUACAGAAAGUGGAGGUAGUGAUGUGUUUACAGACAACGAAUGCUACUUAGAAGUAGGUAAAAGUCAAUAUUAUUUCGAUCGUAAACGUUCCCUGAAAAAUUAUCGAUCAAAACGUUCAACAAGAAUGGAACGAGAAGCCAGGCGUAAAAUGGGGCUAAACAGAAAUGACAGUGAAGAAUCACAAAGUAGCAGUAUCUCAUCACUAAAACCAACUGAUCGAAAAUUAACACCCAAGUAUAGAAAACGCCAAGGGGCUGGUAAAGAAGAGGUUUCAUCUUGGUUAAAUAAUUACGAGUCAAAUAAGCAAACUUAUGGUGCGGUAAACGUAGACGGGAAUAUAAGGCCUAUGUACAAAUCACCUGUUAUGGCAGCGGGGUGUGUAGAACAGCAAUCACUUCUUCAUAAAUAUAUGCUAAAAGAUAUUGACCAGUCGAUAAAUUGUGAUUUCAACAUUGAAUUACCACAUUCACUUACACUUGGACGAAGUGCACUUCUUUAUGGUCAUUUCAAAUAUGAUUCACCUGUUGUUCAAUCGUGUUUACUAAGACUUAAUUUCACAACUACACAAGAAAGCGAAGCGUUUGAAUCACUUUAUCUUAGAAUAUGGUCAAAUGGUGGUUUAGAUGUGUUAAGAAGCAAUCACAGUUUGAAUUCAGAAAAUCUAAUUACUUCAUCGAAUUUCAUACAGCAUACAACAACAGAUGGUAGUGAAAUGGACAUUAGCAAUAAACAACUGACAACAUUCCAGUUACAGUUCAUUUGUCAAAGUCUUUACUUGGCUAUAACUUCAAGUGAACUCUUCACUUUGCUGGUCAAAAAUACUCUAACUAAUCUAUCUAAUUAUUGUCUGAAAUCAUUUGAACUAGAAGAUUCUACAACAGCUGAACUGGAUAGAUUCGUUAUGUCAAAACAUGUGUCGUUACCGCUAACUAUUCAUCCAACAGUUGAACUGAAUCAGUCGCAUAAUGUAUGUCUUUUGACAAAACUUACAGCUGAUACAAAACGCAUUAUGAUUGAAUACAUUUACGAAGUGUUCAGUAAAUCUGAGAGAGACUGUAUACAAAUUGUACUGGAUUUCGAUGAAAGCUGUUUACUUGUUCAGGAUAUGACAAAUGAAAUGAAAGAGUUUAAAAAACAAGUUACAAGUGAGAUUCCAUAUAUUCCUGAACAGAUACGUAAAAUCAGAAUCCAUCUUCUUGACAAUCAACUAAAGGUAUUCCUGAAUACUACUGAAAUGUGUGUUUACAGUUUCGAACAGUCCUACUAUCUGGAAAACAAAUUAUCACUAAUUCAUGUCAAUGGCGAUUUUAUGCUUCUAGACGCACGCAUCAAUAGAGAUUUCAAUGAAGUAUUCUAA